AUGAUUCAGCGACUAGGAGUCGAAUCCCUAUUCCGUGAACAGAUUAAAGCCAUUCUAACGUGGCAAUACACACAUUUUAGCUCUUUGAAUCAUGGCAAAGAUGAUGUCUAUGAGAUCGCUCUCCGAUUUCGACUUUUAAGGCAAGAAGGUUAUCGUGUGCUUGCAGAUGUGUUCGAAUACUUCAAUGAUAAGGGAAAAGGUUUUGUUAUGAAACUGAAGGGAAACAUCAAGGGUAUGAUGGAAUUAUAUGAAGCGUCACAAAUGAGCACGGAAGGAGAGGAUAUACUCGACGAAGCCGAAUGCUUUAGCAGGAAGUGUCUCAAUGCAUUGUUGACAUGUGAUCUUGAUCAUGAACAAGCGAGAAUGAUAGAAAGUGCAUUGCAAUAUCCAUAUCGCAAGAGCUUCGCAAGAUUGCUAGCUCCUCAAAGUUUUGUAAAUGAUAUGUCAGGUGUGAACUCAUGGAUGGAAGACUUGCUAGAGGUGGCAAACAGAAAUCGAAGAAUUGAUCAAUCUGUGCACCAGAAGGAGAUUCACCAAAUUAAUAAGUGGUGGAAAGAGUUGGGAUUGGGAGAGAAGAUGAAGUUUGCUAGAGACCAGCCACUAAAAUGGUACAUGUGGUCCAUGGCAAUUCUCACAAAUCCAAGCUUGUCUGAGCUUAGGGUUGAGCUCAUUAAGCCCAUCUCUCUCGUGUACAUUAUUGACGACAUAUUUGAUGUCCAUGGCAUGGUUGACGAGCUAAUUCUCUUUACAGAAGUCAUUAAAAGAUGGGACUAUGCGUGUGCUGAGCAGCUUCCAGAGUACAUGAAAAAAUGCUUCAAGGUUCUCAAUGAUAUUGCAAAUGAUUUUGGCAAAAUCAUCUUUGAGAAGCAUGGAUGGAACCCCACAAGAUUCUUGAAACAUAUGUGGGCGAAUUUGUGCAAUGCAUUCCUGGUGGAGUUUCAGUGGAACGCUUCUGGGAAAUUGCCAAAGGCAGAUGAUUACUUGAAGAAUGGGAUUAUCACUUCGGGUGUGCCCUUGGUGCUAACUCACCUGUUCUUUCUAAUGGGCCAAAACAUUGCCAACCAAAGUAUGGAUUCAAAGAAAGAAGAGGUGCAGCUGCCAAAUAUAAUAUUCUUAAUUGCUGAAAUUCUUCGCCUUUGGGAUGACCUCGGCUGUGCCCAGGUAAACUAG